AUGGAGUACAUUUUUGAUCAAAUGGUGCGUGGCUCUCCCAUGCAGCAGCUCAAUUUCAAAGGCGUUGAGACACCAGAGUACACAAUCAUGUGCGCACAAGCGCCAGAUGCGGCAAAGCGUGUUGCCAUUCUGCAGAAUCGACUCCAAACAUCAACGGAGAGUAGCGCUGCGCAGAACGUCACCCUGCUGCUGAGGACGUGCGUGAGCUCGCAGCUAUCGCCAGAUGAGGUGGAGGAGAUUGUGGAAAACGUGGUUGGCAUCGCGCGGCAGCACGCCAACUGGCCCGAGUUUUCUCGCUGGGUGUGCGCGCUCAUUCAUCACUACUGCACAGACGAUUUUACGGUGUCUCUCUUCUCCGAAUUUGAGGUGCCGAAGGUCGCCGUGGAUGCCCUGCGCAACAAUCCACACGACUGCAGGAGUGUCCUGGCAGCUGUUACUCUCCUAUCGCACUUCAACCUGUACAACAUUGGGGACGGUAUCACGCAGCUUACGAACGCGCUGCAGAACCACUGCAGUGACGCCACCAUUGUGCGCAUUGUGACCCGCACACUGGCAGAGUUCACUUCCUACUACAAGGAGCUUCCUGAUCGAUUCCUGUCUGUAAGUCAGGAGUUUGUCGACGCAAAAGGCGUCACUGCACUGGAGGGAGUUCUACACGAGCACAUUAGCGACGAGGAAAUCACCACGUACGUCGCACGCAUCACUGCAAACGUCACCAGCUCUGGGGCGGCGAACAUGGUCGACGCCGAUUCUCCUGCCAUGAUGUACUUGGCCGACGCGCUGGCUCGGUAUCAGCAGUCUGAAAUGCUGUGCGGUCACGUGUUGCGUGUGUUCAGCAACCUUCCGCGGUCUCAGUAUAUUGACUGGGAUUGUGUAUCGUCGCUUUUCAACAACACCAAGUCGGAGCUGGUUGUCCUCGAAUGCAUUCACUUUCUGUGCGGUGUCGCUAUCAACGCGAAAGAGAUGAAGGCGAAGAUUUACACCACCGGGUGUGUACCGCGCGUGCUGGAGAUGAUGCGCAUGUACCAAAGCAACUCCGCGAUUCAAGAGGAGGUAUGCAGUCUCCUCUCGUACCUCUCGUUCGACUCUGAGACAAUCACGGCGAGCAUCACAGAGUCGGGAGGCUUGGUGCUGGUUCUGAAUGCCAUGCGAAGGUUCCCAGACAAUGAGGAAUUACUCAUGUCUGCAUGUGCCGCGCUGUCUGGACUGACGUUCAACAAUCAGACCGGUCAGCAGGUUAUUGUGGAGAAUGGGGGUGUCGCGCUGAUUCUGGACUCCAUGCGCCGCGGUAAAAAGUCGCGACUGCAGGAAAACGGAUGCCUCGCGAUUGGCACUAUGUGCUGGAACAGCGAUCUAAAGGCGGAUGUGGUGCGGCUAGAAGGGAUACAGGUAAUUAUGAAGGCCCUAGAGGAGCACUACACAAGCCCUGGCCUCGUUAAGAACGCGUGUCGUGCUCUUGCGCAAGUUGCAUUCAACUGCGAGCGCUACCGUGAUGAGAUGAGCGCCAAAGGGGUAAUCCCCUUUAUCAUUCGUGGGAUGGCACAGCAUCCGAACUACGACCGCGCGCAAAUGCAUGGCUGCGUGGCACUGUCGUACCUCUCCUGGACGAACGAGCACAACGCCGCUCAGAUCACAGCGAAUAACGGGUACAAGGUCAUUGUGGAUGCAAUGCGUAACCACCCUAACAACCAUGAGGUGCAGGAGCAUGCGUGUCGUGCGCUGGCCAACAUAAGCAACGUCUCCUCGGCGGAUUCUGUAGCGGCGUUGGAGCAGAUUGUCGCCGCCAUGCGCCGGCAUGAGAACAUCAGCGAGGUGCAGGAGGAGGCGUGCCGCGCAAUUGUGACGCUGUCCCUCGUCUCGCCAUUGAACAAGGACAGGCUCUAUCAGCUUUUCGGAGCGGAUGCUGUAAUUGCAGCAAUGAAGCGCUUUCCGCAGAUUCAGCUGGUGCAGCAGGAAGCGUGCAACGCACUGGCUCACUUGGCGUACGAGCACACCGAUCUCAACCGUGCUGUGACCCGCCUUGGCGGUGUCUCGCUGCUACUGGUAGCCAUGCGCACCCACAAAUCAAGCCCCAAGGUGCAGCUCAACGCCUGUGGCGGCCUCAGCGCACUCGCGUUCGAUAACACAGUCGCACAGCAGCAAAUUUUUGAGCUGGGUGGUGUGCAAUGUGUCAUCCACGCCAUGGAUAAUUUUGAGCGACUCCGGAUGUUGGAGCUCGGGUGCUCUGUACUGGGGACGCUUGCGUGGAACACUGAAAUUAAGGAGCGGGUCGCCGUUGACGCGAUUCCAGAGAUUCUGAAGGCAAUGCGCGCACAUAGCAACAACGCUCUUUUGCAGAAGUCGACCUGCCGUGCCAUUUCCCAGUUCGCCUUCAACUCGGAGGGCAAUCGACAGCUACUUGCUGACUCUGGGGCGAUUCCGCUCAUCGUGAAAGCAAUGCAGACACAUUUGACAACGGAGAAGUUAAUUGUACACGCACUCAAAGCUCUCACCUAUCUCUGUUGGGAAAACACACAGGUGGCUGAGACAAUCAUUAACGAGCGUGUCGAAGAGGUCCUGCAGCGCAUCGUCGAGCACUACGAGCAGACGCACCGAGUUUACAACGAGGCUGUGCACCUCUCCAAGAUUCUCUUUCGUAAGACGACUGGGAGCCCGAGCCCGACUUUGCGAAUUGUGUCUCCUCCUAUUGUGUCACCAAUACCGAUACAGCAAACGCCGGGGCUGCGCCUUGAGACUCCAGCGCCUCCCAGCCCGCCUCCACAGGAGGCACCGGAGGACCAUUUCUAUUUGGCGCCAUUGGACAGACUGCAGGAAGCGCCAUACGAAGACCACGUCCAGCGUCGCGAUGUCCCUGCACACGACGACCGCGGGGGCCCAAGGAGCAGUAGAGGUGGUGGUCGCGGUCGCGGCGGAGCUCGUCGACGCGGAGGACACUCAACCCGCAGUGGUGGUGGUGGUGGUGGUGGUAGUGAGCGGAGCGGGGAGAGAGGGGGUGACAGAGGCGGUCGUCGCGGUGGAAGCGGGGGGGAUGCUGUUGCCGGAGCCGGUGGAAACGGAGGUCGUGGGCGCGGUGGCGGUGAGCAUCAUGAGGACGCGAUGGAGAAGAUGCUGGACGCACGGUUCGGGCGUCGUCCAAACUACCGCAGACGCGACGAUGGACGUAGUGCACCCAGAGAUGCGACCGAUCUAUGGGAUGACCCGGACCCGGACUCGUUCCACGGAAAUCGCCACUUGGGGCAGAUGAACUGGCAGCAGGCUGAGUUGACAGCGUCCCUCAACACCGACAUAGCUAUCCACGACACGCUGGAGGCAGCCAGGCGGGGAGGCGUCGUGGACCGCAACUCUCAGCGCACCGGCAGAGGUGGUUUGAGGCGCUACAGCGGCUACCGCGGCCGUGGUCGUGGCCGCGGUGCUCCGGCAAGUCAGUGA